AUGUCGCUUGGACGACGAGGAGCGGACGACAACGGCUCAACGAACGCGGUAACGGCCAAGGUAGGCACGGCAGAGGCGGCCGAAGGGACUUCCACCAGGAUGGCCCGCGUCGGGUCCGGCACGUCCGUGACGGCCUCCUUAGUGGCUGGCACCUCUGCAACCGCUACCUCGGCGAUGGCCGUCCCCUCAACUGCUACCUCGGCAGCGGCCACCUCCUCGGCCAACUCCUCGGCCACUGCCUCGCCCUGA